AUGAAAGGUUCUAAGCGUGUAUUUAUAUACUACGGUCAUGCGAAUAUGGAAGAAUGGAGUGCAAUGCUUGCUUGUGAAUCUUGUAACGGAGGAACUAACUCAUUAGAUGAAAUGAAAGGAUUAAAAGCUUUUUUGGAUGAACAUCCCGGGAUCGAUGGCCUUAUUCUUACAGGUUUAGAGUAUGACAGUAAUACUGAUGAAUUUAUGGGAUAUUCUGAAAAUUUAAAAACAUAUCUUGAGGUGAUGAAAAAAAGUUUUCCUAAUUUUUUUGUUGGUCUUGAUUUAUCAGGACGAUUUCUAAUAGAUCAUUUUACCAACCCAAGGAUACCUUGGUUGGAUAUUACUACAGUAGAUUCGGUUACGGAUUUUUACGUUGUUUCUGUUGUAUUCUUGAACGAAUGCACUGGCAAUGACUUCAGAAAUGGAAUAGCUCCAAUUACUGCAUCAUAUACAAAUUAUACGUUGGAUAAAUUAAAAGAUGUAUUAAAGCAGGCAUCUAUUCCGAAAGAAAAAAUACAUUUUAAAUUUAAAAUUAACCCAACAUCUGAUCCCAAUGAUUCAUUUACGUAUUGUGAUUUGACCAUGGAGAAGAUUUGUUUGCAACCACAAGAAACGUGUACAUGGUGUGUAGAUACUUUAAAAUCAUUUAAUGAAAAGGGCAAUUAUGCCAAUAAAUAUGGAGCAGGGUUUAUAGGUUCUUCUAUAGAUUUUAAUGACCCCGAUAACUGCUGUAAUUGUGAAAAACCAUUCCCUGGGUUCAAUGCUAUUUUAGAUGGAUUUAAUGGUGUCACUACAAAACCUUGUGAUUUAUUAAACAGAAACUAG